AUGCUCUUUCGUUUGGACGAGCAUCCAAUCUACAGGGCUCAUGAGCUCCUCGCACGCGCGGUGGGGGGAAUAGAGAACCUGCCCCCAAACCUCCAGAGGAUGGAUUUGGUGGCAGGAAUCUUCAGUUCCAGCAUCCAAGACCAGACCGAAGCCUCUGCCGCCUCUGCCGCCUCUACCGCAUCUACCGCCUCUACCGCCUCUACCGCCUCUGACCCCUCUGCUCACACUCCUACCCAAGAUGCUCCCCAACCGAGGACCGUGUUUCGGGUCCCCUCGGCCGCCUGCCGGGACUUCGAUCCUUUCAUCACCGCCGAUCUGGGCGAGUGGAUGGCCCGUAUCAGACACGUGUUGAGCUUGGUUCUCGGACAUCCUAACUGCACCGACGAAGACAGGCAGACUGUCGUGGACUUGUGGUACUGGGUUCGUGACGAGGUGGAAUGGGAUGUCUUGUUUAUUCGGGAGAACAAGGACCGCUUGUGUGCAGCUUGGGAGGCCGGCCGGCCUUAUCUGGGCCCUGACACUAAGGCUGGUAGAGCGAGGAUGAGGAAGGAGAAAGCUACGAUGGCGUCUGGGUUUGCAGACGAUAAGGCGUCCUACCUUAGCCAUGACCAGCACGGUGAAGCGAGUAUGUCCUCCGGCCGGCUCGAACAAGGAGGUAAGCCCGGAAUCCGUCCCCAAGAAGAAGGCUUACGCCGAUAUCAACUUGAACAAAACUCGACGCCCCCUGGACCGUUUUCGCCGGGCCAUAAGGAGCAGUGCGUGGAAGCUACGCGGGCAGCUUUGGGGGCGUUGUCGCUCUCUGAACAAAACAGACGGAACAACAAGACCCAAACUCCCGAGAGAGUACGCCAAGACCGGCACGAGAACGACGGCCACAUGUGGUACGCAUCGCACAUGGUUCACGUAUCACCCGAGGACGAUGACGAUGACGACGACGAGGACUUCGACAACCAGGAGAACGAAGAGGUUGACGAUGACUAUGACGACACCGACGAGGACCGGCACCGCCACCAGCACCACCACCGCCAUCACCACCAUCACCAGCACGAGGACGGGGGCUACAACGUAUCGGACAUGGGCUACGUAUCACCCGAGGACGAUGACGAUGACGACGACGACAACGACCGCUACGAACAGGGCCAGGACCAACUCCAGCACCGGUACCCUUUCGAGUACCAGGAGGAGGAGCGCCGACUCGGUGACCAGCUCCCCCAGGUCGGGGACCGGCUUCUGCACGAUUUCCGGCGCCAGGCCCCGUACCACCAGCAACACCAGCAGCAGCAACAUCAGCAGCAACACCAGCAGCAUCUCGACCCUUCCGGCCAUCAGGAGACUCAGACGAUGAGGAGGAUGGAGCUUAUGAACAUGGCAGGGGAGACUGCGACGUCGAGGUGGGGUCACAUUGAUCCCUCGUCAGAGGAGGGUCAGAUGAGGUGGGGUGAGGUUGAAUAUCCCUCGCCAAGGAGAGGGUCAGAGGCUGCUUCGAUAGCAGAAGCACACGAUACCUCUGCUUCGAGGGCUGCUUCCACUUCCACACCCCCGAGCGUCAAUACUAACCCAGCAGUCAACGCCACCUCCAAUCUUUCCUCGCCGUUGACUGACGUGCCCCGGACCCACGAUUUGGGGUCCCCGUCCACAUCAGCUUCUGAAGCGAUGUAA